CCUCGUAUACUAUAAAUAGUCAAACUUCAAAACCAAUUCCACCAAAUUAUUCCAUGAAAUAUUUUGCAUUUCCCAAAUCCGCAUCACAAAGGACGUUGAAACUUUAAUAGCUUGUCAGCAUAAAUUAAGAACUCGCCAUCUCCGGUGAAGUUCCCCGGCGAUCAUCAACGGAUAUUAGUGAAGAAAGAAUGGAGAUGGAGCAGCAGUUAGAGUGGAAUGAAGCACAGAAGACUGUGAUUAACGUGGACCUUGUUGCUGCAGCUAAAGAGCAGCUCAAGUUUCUUGCUACAGUUGAUCGGAACCGUUGGCUGUAUGAAGGUCGUGGUCUGGAUAAGGCCAUUCAUAGGUACUACUCAUGUUGGCUACCGCUGUUGGCAAAACACUCUGAGUCCCCCUUCUUUGAAGGACCUUUGGUUGUUCCUCUGGAUUGUGAAUGGAUUUGGCAUUGUCACAGGCUUAAUCCUGUUAGAUACAAGACUGACUGUGAGAAAUUAUAUGGGAGAAUUCUUGGCAACCGUGAUGUUGCAUCUUCUGUGAUUGCGACAUCAAAACAGGAUACUGAAGAGCUGUGGAAGCAAUUGUAUCCCAACGAACCUUAUGAUUUGGACUCAGCAGGAGCUCUUUCAGAAGAUGUCCAUGCAAAACCUGUACAAGCUGAAAAGUGGAGUGAUUAUGAUAUAGUCUCUGCUGUUAAACGGCAAAGCCCUUUCUUCUACCAGGUGUCUAGACCACACAUGAACAACGAUCUGUAUCUUGAAGGUUCUGUGGCUCGAUACAAGGGUUUCUUACAUAUAAUCCGGAGAAACAAAGAAAGAUCGAUUAAGAGUUUCACUGUUCCAACUUAUGACAUAGACCUUAUCUGGCACACUCACCAGUUACAUCCUGCUUCUUAUUGCAAAGACCUCGUUGACAUUAUGGGUAAGGUGUUAGAACAUGAUGACACCGACUCAGACCGAACAAAAGGGAAAAAGUUGGAUACUGGCUUUUCUCGAACUACAAAGCAGUGGGAGGAAACAUAUGGUUCAAGAUAUUGGAGGGCAGGUGCAAUGUAUAGAGGCAGUUCACCAUCUCCUAUUAGCACUUCUCAUUACCGCUCCAACCCUGUAAGCAAGAAGGCAGAUAGUUUCCAUGAGCACCAAAAGAUACUGCAUUAUCCUGAGAUGGAAGCAGUAGAAGUUAUGUUAGAGUUCGUAGAUAUCAGAAAUUUACCAGAAGGACACAAGGGAAGCUUCUUUGUCUCAUUUAGCAAGACUCAGCCUGAUAGAAUCUUCAACGCAAAGAGAGAACUUACUAUUUUGUCCGUCACAGGGGAAAAACAGGUUGCUUAUUUCCAGUGUGAACCUAAUGGUCAUCUUCUUUUUGAUCUCAUGUCCUACUCAUCUUCUGGUUCGCUUAUUCCAAAAUCUGCGAAAACUAUGGGUUCCGCUAAAGUCUCAUUAGAAGAUUUGGUCUGCCCAACUUCAAAACUUACAAUGGAAAAAUGGUUGGAAGUUGUGCCAAGCUCUAAAAUGGAAACAGUACAGGCAAUCUCUUUACGAGUAGCUAUCUCAGUUGCAACACCUACGGCAGCACCAUAUAUCUUUCACUUUGUUCGCCCUCGAGCAUUCUCCAAAACUUCUUGUUUCCCACUUCCCGGGAGGAUUCAGUAUGCUAAGAAUUGUACUCGUGUCAUUGAUGAUACUGGUGAUGAGGUCAUCAGCCUGCAAAUGAGGGACUCGAAGAAAUCCGAGGGGAAAAAUGAUUCUGCAUUGCACAAAGAGGUGAUCGGCAUCAGCAAGUCAGGCGAGGUACAUUCUCUUGCUGAGUUAGUAGGGAAAGAGUGGUUGCUGUUAGGUGCUCAGUGGUCCCUUCAACUUCAAACAUCCAGCAGCGAUGACAGCCACCUUUUUGAGUUAUCUGGUCACAGGAAUGUGAAGUUCUUCCCUGGUCAGAGACUGGAUUAUGAGCACAAGCAUUGCAUAAAGCAAAGAAGUCAAGAUGAUUUUAUGACAGCGAUAGAGUUCUCUGCAAAGCACCCUUAUGGAAAGGCAUUGGCAUUGGUUGACUUGAAAUUUGGAGUUAUCAAUGUGAAAGAGGAGUGGUUCCUUUUGCCUGGUUCUAUAACAGCUUUCGUACUCUGUGACACUUUGAGAAAGGAAGGCUAUAGUAGCCUGGUAGGAAGUGCCAAACAUUCAAAAGAGAAGGAUUUUUCCACUCAAGAAACUGACGUGUGCCAUGAAGACGGCAACAGAGCUAAUCUGGAAUCUGAGACAGAGAAGGGGGUGCAGUUGGACCUGAAGGCUACCAAAGGAAACAUUGCAGCACCAGCAAAAGGAGCAAUCAGUGGAGGCUGCGGCAGUGGCUGCGGUAGUCUAGUGAAGAGUGGAGCCUGUGGCAGUUGUGGUGCUGGUUGUGGAAACAAAUUAGAGAGUGGUGGUUGUGGUGGGUGCGGAAGUGGUGGCUGUGGGGGAGGUUGUGGAAGCAUGUUAGAAACCAGUGGUUGUGGUGGCUGUGGCAGUGGAGGUUGUGGAAGUAUGUUAGAAAGCAGUGGUUGUGGUGGCUGUGGUGGUGGUGGGGGUUGUGGGGGAGGUUAUGCUAGUAAGUUGAAAAGCGGUGGUUGUGGAGGCUGUGGUGGCAGUGGGGGCUGUGGUGGUGGUUGUGGAGGAGGUUGUGGAAAUAGGUUGAAAAGCAGUGGUUGUGGCGGCUGUGGUGGUGGUGGAUGUGGUAAUGGUUUGGCCUCCGUGAAAACUGCUGAAAUUAAUGCAUAAAUGACAUCCCAAACGAGGCUAAUAUUAAAAGCUGAUAAAGUCCUCACAGUUUCAUGCUUUUUAUGCUUGUGGAACCUUUUCCCGGUUAGUACACAAUAAGCCCUUCAUGAUACUCCUGUGUCUUGCAAUAAAGAUUUCAACUGUUGGAAAUAUUUGUUGAUAUGUUGUAUUACUAUGAAUGUGAAGAGGAAAUAAAGUGUCAAGGAUGAAUAGAGUCAUCUCGUUUAAUUGGAAAUCUGGACUUAUAUAUCGUCCAUUCAUAUAGGUUCUCUGGUGACUGGUUUGUGUAUUUUGUCUGUGUAAUACCAUUAUGGAACGAUGCAAAGGAGUGCUUUGUUUA